AUGUUCCUUCUCCUAAUUCCGACAUGGAUAAUCUGGGACUUGCAAAUGCCACUCAAGCGCAAGAUUGUUACAGUAUCGUUUCUCUCUCUCGGUCUCAUCGUAAUAGCAAUCGGCGCCGUGCGAUUCGUUUGGCUCAUCGACGCUUUCAUAGGCAAAACAAAAAGCUACAGUGUCAAAGCGUCCUACUCUGCAAUCGAGUCUAGUGUCGCUAUCAUUGGAACCUCGGGGCCAACUAUUAAAUACAUACUGUCACGCUUCGUACCCUGGCUCCGUCCUUCAUUUGAGCGCUCGAUCGCGAACAAGAACUCAUACGACGCCUAUGGGAACCACUCGGAUGUUGCUGCUAGGCGAGCGAGGUCACAUUACGGGACGAAAAGUGGAUAUGAUGAUUUGGAUAUGGUGAGCGUUCACCAUGAACAGUUCGAGAUGAAGAGCAGUUGGCAAAAGAAGAGGGGGUGGGAUGACGACGCAAGAAGCGAUGAGCAGCACAUCACCGGCGAAGGUCUCGGCAUCAACAAGACAGUGGAAUGGAUGGUAGACACGAAAGAGCGCUCGCAUAUUAGCAAAACAGUCUCGGAUGAACCAAAUGUCGCUAACGACAAGCCUGCGACAAGUCCCGCACAAAUCAUUUAG